GCGGGGUACAUGUAACUGCCGGCAACCUCCGACAGAGAAAAUAUUUGCCACGCCAACUGCAUGCGUCAAGUCGAUCAACGAAGUCACCCCUAACAAAUUUGUGGCCCCAUGGAGCUCGAAAUUCAGGUUGUCGAGGCACGGAACUUGGCCAGCAUCAACAUCCUUGGAAAACCAAACCCGAUGUGUGCACUUGUCAUGGGCAACCAUACCUUCAGCACUAAAGGCAACUCCAAUGCACGAGCCCCAACUUGGCACGAAACCUUUACAAUCCCGAUUACUGAUGCCAACACCGAGAUACUCCAGUUGGUCAUCAAAGAUCCAAACUACGUCAAGAAUGGCUCUGUGAUUUGCAAUUGCGAACUACCCAUCUCAACGUUAUGUCAUGGUCAGACCAAGGACACUUGGAUUCCACUUCAAACAGGCACAAAGAAGGCUGGGGAAUUGCACAUAUUGGCAACCCUACGACAACAACAACCAAACCUACAGCAGAAUGAAGCGACACUAGCAAUCCAACCAAAUACUCAACAAUCGACAAACAAGAGUUUCGAAUUCAACAUCCGCGUGAAGGCCGGCAAAGACCUGUUCGACGCCCAGACGUUUGGCAAACAAGACCCGUUCUGCAAGGUCACCAUCGGCGACAAGACGUUCCAGACAAGGGUGCACGACAACGGCGGCCGCAACCCCAAGUGGGACGAAGCGUUCGUGUUCAGACUCACGGACCCGCACUUGGACCAGCUGACCAUCCACAUCGAAGACUCCAAUACAGUGAGCAACUCGAGCAUCGGGACGUGCCAGCUCCCCGUGAGCAUUUGGUCGGGAGGUCGGUCGGUGGAGCAAUGGUACCCCGUGAACCACGGCGGCAAGCAGCGAGGCGAGAUUCUGCUGGCGGUGCAAUUGGUGGAAGUGUCGGCGACGGGUGGUGCGGCGGUGCCGCUAGCGCUCGCGUCUGGCAAGGGCAAGGCGUUCGAGCUCAGCAUCCGCGUGAAGGCCGGCAAAGACCUGUUCGACGCCCAGACGUUUGGCAAACAAGACCCGUUCUGCAAGGUCACCAUCGGCGACAAGACGUUCCAGACAAGGGUGCACGACAACGGCGGCCGCAACCCCAAGUGGGACGAAGCGUUCGUGUUCAGACUCACGGACCCGCACUUGGACCAGCUGACCAUCCACAUCGAAGACUCCAAUACAGUGAGCAACUCGAGCAUCGGGACGUGCCAGCUCCCCGUGAGCAUUUGGUCGGGAGGUCGGUCGGUGGAGCAAUGGUACCCCGUGAACCACGGCGGCAAGCAGCGAGGCGAGAUUCUGCUGGCGGUGCAAUUGGUGGAAGUGUCGGCGACGGGUGCAUCCGCGUGA